GGCCCUCCAGCCAGUCAGACGCGGGGCGCCGCGCCGCUCGCACGUCAUGUGUGUUUAGCGGUUAUGUUUCUACCCGAUUUACCUCCGCGAGCCUGUAUGGUCGACGACGUGUCAACCUACCUUCAAGCGCCCUCCUCGGGACAGGACGAGUUCCAUCCGUUCAUAGAGGCCCUGAUGCCUUUUGUAAAGUCCUUUUCGUACACCUGGUUCAAUUUACAAGCGGCGAAACGGAAAUAUUACAAAAAACAUGAAAAACGCAUGAGUCUUGAGGAGGAGCGGCAUACCAAAUAUGAAUUACAGAACGAAAAGGCAGAAGUGAAGCAGAAAUGGGCGUCCCGGUUGCUGGGCAAGCUACGGAAGGACAUAACCCAGGACUGUCGAGAGGACUUCGUGCUCAGCAUCACCGGCAAGAGACCUGCCGUGUGUGUGCUGUCGAAUCCGGACCAGAAGGGCAAGAUGCGGAGGAUAGACUGCUUGAGGCAGGCUGAUAAGGUGUGGAGGCUAGACCUAGUAAUGGUGAUACUGUUCAAAGCGAUACCGCUGGAAAGCACGGACGGUGAACGGCUGGAGAAACACCCAGAAUGCACCCAGCCAGGCCUCUGCGUCAACCCCUACCACAUCAACGUCUCUGUCAGAGAGCUGGACCUUUACUUAGCCAACUUCAUCAACAGCUACGGUAAUGGGAGCGACGGUCUGCCAGAUAUCCUAAGUGGUUCUCUAUCUCCACACACCCCUCGAGACAAAGAGAACGAACACGAAGGCAAGAGCAAAGGCUACAGUCACAAUCCGUACAACGGUGUAAUUUGCAACGAUAUUAUUUUAGCAACUGGAGUCUUCUCUUCGAAGGAACUAUGGAAGUUGUCGAAAGCGUCAAUUCUUCAAGAGACCGGGUCAGAGUCCCCUGGUGGGUCGGGAGGUGGCAUCAAGCUGGAGUCAGGGUACUACUGCGGGUACAACAGUCCAGCCCCACCGCCCUUCGAGCCCCCUCCUGAGCGGGCCACCCCCUCGACCAUGCUCGUCGGACAGUGCUUUAGUAUUCCCCACAGUUCAGCAGGUCUAAGUGCAGCUCAGUCUCCGCUGGUGCCGUCUAAUACGAUAUUCUACCAACACGCGCCGCCGCCCACCGACACGCAUCCUACAGAAUGUUACUAUCUGUCGACAGCGGCCGAGCAGCUGUCCAGCCAGCACUCCGGUGCUAAGUACGACUCCAACCCUCAGGAUUCUCUUGGGGACUUUGUCACGUUUGUGUGCGACCCGCCUAAUGAUGUUCAGCAGCUGCAGGUGCACAGUCUCUCUCGAAGUCCAAAGCCUGCGUAUUUCAGCAGUCCCAUGUUGCCUCCACCCCCACUUCCCCCCAUGGCGAGACCGGUCGCUAUCAUCAGAUCUACUGCGAGCGAGAUGGUGGGCAGCGGCGGCGGCUCCCCCUCGUCCCCUGGCGAGGGGCGCUCCCCUCCCGCCUCCCCCCGGCGCCGCUCCCCGCACUACCGCCCCGACUGCCCGAUAUCGCACUUCAACCACUUCCAUACGCAGCCGUCGCCGGUGUUCAGCUACGGCGUUGGCGUGAGCGGCAGCCUGACGGGCGUGUCCGGGGGUGGGGCGGUGUGCUCGGGGGGCGGGGGGGUGUCGCCGCCGGGAGGGCUCGGGCUGUAUGCGCCGAGGGCACCGCCUAGAGCGCCUCCGAGAUGGAACGCCCCAUUCCCUACCUUGGAAGAAGAGUUCAACAUCAUGACGGCACCAGCGGGCGCUGACCACGUCGUGCUGUUAGACGAUGAGCGCUUCUUCCAAUCCAACGUGAUAACGUCCGAGCCGACAGCCAUGGACACGGCAGCCUCAGUCGGAGCCCCCGUGGGCGUGGACGAGGACCUGGCCCCCGACAAGCCGGCCCCCGACCUGCGCUCGCCGUGAUCCCACGCUCCGGGCGCGCCGCGUGACGUCACCGCCCCCCACGCCACCUCCGUCGUGCGUUGGACCCCCGCGCCCCCGCCGCACUGGCGACCCGUCACGCACAGGACUCUUUGAUCCGCUGGCGCCCUGGUACUUUUCAGGCGUGUUUAUUGUAUAAUGUACAUAGUUAAUGUUACAAAUACAACGAGAUUACGCAACGGGUUUGAUUGUAUUCGCUGAAUGCCGGUUUUGUAGGUACUUCCGUGCGUCGUGGCCUUGUCGCCGCGAUGGGUUUUUAGCGCCAUCUAGCGGAAGUUUGUCGAACUGUUUAAACGUUUGGUACAAAAUAAGCGAUAACGGAAUGCAAUAAUUCGGAGAUUAAAACUUAAAUAAGCUAUGAAUAGUAAAACAAAACAACAUUAUAUUCUAAUAUUUUUAUAGGGUAUAAAACGUAUGUUAUGAUCAAGCCUUCCAGUAAUUUAGUGAAAUUAUAAAAAUCGUUACGAAAGGUUGCAGCUUGAUGCUAUUGUUUUGCUGUCUGACAGUGUAGGUGACAGGUGACGAAAGCUGAAAACAGAAACCAAUGCUUCCAAAUAUACAUGCGUUAAAGUUUUUUAAAAGGAUCGUCGAAAGUGUGAUAUUAUAAGUUGUUUUUGUUUUAUUCAUUGUUGUGUGUUUGUAAUGAAUUAGAGUAAGAGAGAGCAUCUGUAUUAGAAUACAUUUUUAUUUAUUGAUUAAAGUAUAAAUUUGAGAAAGACGAGCCUUGCUUAAGAAUUAGUUUAGUUAUAUAUUAGUAGCGAGGUUUAGACCCUUAGUUUCGUUCUUUGGAUUCGAUUUUUCAGGAGAGUUGACUGUUUUAAUAGUCCUUAUUAUUCGUAAUAUAAUAAUAUGAAGAAAAAAAUGGUUUUAAGUCGAAUUUAAAGAACUAAGCGAGGCAGUAGUGAUUGAUAAAUGUCGAGGGACAUUUUAUAGGUGCCUUUCAUGAAAAAACUAUAAUAAUAAUAUAUUAUAUAAAUUAGGGAUUUGUAUAUUGUAGCGUUCUUUUUAAUACAAUCCAUCCGCUCAUAUUUGUACACUGAGAGAUUCAUAAUUACCAUUAAAUAUUUAAAUUGUUUUCGUAUGUGAAUUAUUACUGAAACACCUCACGGUAAAUUAUAGAAG